CCAAAUACUCCCACACCGGUGAGGAGUCCAUAUGUUGGGCUUUUACAGCACUUCUGUAGCCAGUGUUCUACCCGGCCUCUGGUUAUAUAUUUGUUUAUCGCUCCGCUCCGGCUUUUGUUACGUGGAACACGAUAACAGCGGGACUGUAACGCUCCUUUGUCCUGUUUGUAUUUUGAAGGCUGAGCGAGCGCAGGGGAGAGAGAGAGAGAAAGCGAAAAGCGAGAGACACAGAGGGGGAGUCGGUGAGCGAGACCGAGAGAGGAGGGGGAGAGAGAGGGAGAACCAAACCCAGCAAACAGAGAGGCGGCACUGCAUCAGUCAUCUUCUCAUCCUGCUGACGGAGAGACAAACAGCCACAGCUCUUCUCCUGGGGAAGUGUGUUGGGCAUCAUCAUCAGCAGCGGGGUGCAGCCGGGCACUUGGGGCGAGCGGGAGCGGGAGCGGUCCGGCGUUGGGUACCAUGCUCUGGGCGUGAGCGCGGCGGCUGCAGUAGUGGCGAGAGGAGAGGCCAUCGGACGCGGCGCCUUGCGGGAGGCCAGGGGGGCCACCAGGCGGCGGCGGCGACCAUGAAGCUCAAACAGCGCGUGGUGCUACUCUGUGCCGUGCUGCUCCUGCUGGGCCUGGCCAAGGUGUUCCUGUUGGACGGCGGCGAGGGUUCGGCGGCCAGCCGCCGCGACCUGCGCGCCUUCCGCAAGAUGGAGGCCAGCCUGGCGUUGGCGCGCGGCGCCCGGCUCACGCACACGCUCCAGUCGCCCUGGGAGGUGGCGGCGCAGUGGGUGGGGCCGCGCGAGGUCUACCCGGACGAGACGCCCGAGCUGGCGGCCGUGCUCAACGCCCUGAGCAGCUCGCGCCUGGAGCGGGCAGACGUGGGCUACAAGGGCACCCAGCUCAAGGCCCUGCUGGUGCUGGAGGGGGGACAGAAGGUGGUGUUCAAGCCCAAGAGGUACAGCAGAGAUUAUGUUGUGGAAGGAGAGCCUUAUGCUGGCUAUGAUCGACAUAAUGCAGAAGUGGCUGCCUUUCAUCUUGACAGGAUCCUGGGAUUCCGAAGAGCACCCCUGGUGGUGGGGAGGUUUGUGAACCUGCGCACAGAAAUCAAACCUGUGGCUACCGACCAGCUCCUCAGCACCUUCCUCAUGCAAGGAAAUAACACAUGCUUCUAUGGGAAGUGCUACUACUGCCGGGAGAGCGAGCCGGCGUGUGCCGAGGGGGAGGUGAUGGAGGGCUCCGUGACGCUGUGGCUGCCGGACGUCUGGCCCCUGCAGAAGCACCGCCACCCCUGGGGCCGCACCUACCGAGAGGGGAAGCUGGCCAGGUGGGAGUAUGACGAAAGCUACUGCGAGGCCGUGAAGAAGAUGCCUCCGUAUGACGCCGGCCCGCGACUCCUGGACGUCAUCGACACGGCCAUAUUUGAUUACCUGAUUGGCAAUGCCGACCGCCACCACUACGAGAGUUUCCAAGACGACGGCGGCGCCAGCAUGCUCAUUCUGCUGGACAACGCUAAAAGUUUUGGGAAUGCUGCCAUGGACGAGAGAAGCAUCCUGGCCCCACUGUAUCAGUGUUGCAUGGUGCGCGUGUCCACGUGGAACAGGCUGAACCUGCUGCAGGGUGGGGGGUUGAGCGCGGCGAUGCGGCAGGCCACGGCGCACGACCCCAUCGGGCCCGUGCUGGCCGAGCCGCACCUGGCCGCCCUGGACCGCCGCCUCGGAGCCGCCAUCGCCACCGUGCGCCAGUGCAUGGAGACGCAGGGCCCCGACAACACGCUCAUCGAGGACCGCAUGAAUCUGCCGCACCCUUAAGACGGGACGAGGAGGAGGAGGA